CUUAUCAACCAAUAUAUUACACACCGUUUUACUCAUAUUAUGUGUUGUGUUGGUUCAUGUGCUCAACACUUGCCUCUCAUAUCAUUUAUUCAAUUCAUUCAUUCACUAUAUUAUCGCUGAAUAUGUAAUGAGUUAUUAGUAUUGAUAGUAAAUAAUAGGCAAUGAAUGCGGAGAUGGAUAGAGACGACACAUAUGUCGCUCAGUUAUACCAAGUGUUUAAUUCGUGCGAUAUUUACGGCACCGGACUCUUGGGUGAAGACGAGUUGUUCACACUAUGCAUGCGAUUACAACUCGACGACAAACAAACCAAUUAUAUCAUCACUAACUUAAUUGGCAACGAUAUCAUCGCCAAAAUUAAUUUUGACGACUUUAAGGAAAUAUUUGUAUCGCUUUUAACGCAAACCGAAAACAAUGGCGAAGAACAGCAUUUACGGCUUGAAUGCCAUGACAUGAAUGCAAUGAAUGGUGUGAUUGAUGUGAAGACCGUUUCGUUUAGUAAUAACGAGUCAAACAAUAAUAGCCUCCAGAAUGACAUGAAUACCGAACAGUAUUUGAAGAGCAUUUGGGAGCGUUUGGGAGUCGGCGGUAAUGGCUAUCUAAAUAUCGACGACUUGUAUAGGGUUUGCGAACACAUAGGAAUGGUUGGCAUUAAUGGCGAUAUAAUUGAGCAGUUGUUUGACAAAUUGGAUGAGGACCAGGACGGGAGGGUCAGCUUCGAUGAGUUCCUCGACGGACUCUUCAGGCACGACAGUACUGUACCAACCGAUACCAACCCUAUCAGUGACUGCAGUGAUAACAGUGAUAAUGGACUCAAUUUACUACAAUUACCACAAGAAUGCACUCAUAUUGCAAGCAAUGCAAGCGCUUCUUCUAGUCUAUCGCAAUCACAAUCCAAUCAUUUGAACGAUUUGGGGGCCAAUAGUCAGGAAAACAAUAAUAAUCUAUUGCAAGAGCAUAAGAGCUCAUUCUUUGACAGCACAUCCACCGCAUACCUGUCCACUCUUGACCCGCACAGAACCGGGUAA